AUGUCAGAAUGCGCUUGUCGAGCCUCAGCAGCGGCUAAGAGCUGGUGCAAGCUGUCUCCUUGGGUCGCCGUCGGAUCCCGUCGAGCCUACGCCAUCCCGUCCGGAGGAGCUCCACGCUUCCAAGUCUUCAAUCGACGGACCAAAUGGCUUCACAAGGAGCGCGCGGCCUCCAAGCCCCAAGAGGGUCGCCAAGCCGACUACAUGAAAGACGAGGUCGCAGUCAGGCUGUCGGAGAGGUUGCUAGACAUCAACCGGCACUUCUCCCGGGUGCUGGACCUGGGCGCCAACUCGUGCAACAUUGCGCGAGCAUUGGUCCGGGAUAAUCCAGAUCCCGAUCCUUCAAAGCCCCAGUCUCCGCCGCUGUCCUCGCGGAUAUCCGAACUCGUGGCCGCCGACUCGUCCGAAAGCCUGCUCUUUCGCGAUGCCGACCAUGACUUCAAUAAGAAGCUCUGCAUCACUCGGCAAGUUUUGCAAGAUGAAGAGACCAUUCCCUAUGAGGCCGAGUCCUUCGACAUGGUCAUGAGCUCGCUCAGCAUGCACUGGAUCAACGACCUGCCGGGCAUCCUAUCGCAGAUCAACAACGUGCUCAAGCCAGACUGUCCGUUCAUUGGGGCAAUGCUCGGGGGCGACACACUGUUCGAGCUGCGGACGUCCCUUCAGCUAGCAGAACAAGAGAGGAGAGGCGGCAUAUCCCCUCACGUUUCCCCUUUGGCCGACGUGAGGGAUGUCGGUGGGCUUCUUCAAAAGGCGCGCUUCAAGAUGCUGACCGUGGACGUCGAAGACAUUAUUGUCGACUAUCCCGACACAUUUGCCCUGAUGCAGGACCUGCAGGCCAUGGGCGAGAACAACGCCGCGUUGGGGAGGGAAUUGGGCCCAAUUGGGAGAGACGUUCUUCUCGCCAGCGAUGCCAUCUACAGGGAACUUCACGGCAAUCCGGACGGGUCCAUCCCGGCGACGUUUAGGAUCAUCUACAUGAUUGGCUGGCGCGAAGGCGCGAAUCAGCCGACGCCCUUGCCGAGGGGCAGUGGGAAGAUGGAUUUGAAAGAUAUACUGGAGAAGCGAUGA